AUGGACUGCGAUCUGCAGGACUUCUUUUCGGCCCAGCCGGCAGUCGACGAAUCGGGCAGCCCCAAGGAGACCGUUCCAAGAAGCGCAAGAGAGCGAGCGAAGAAGCCCAAGGUUUCUGGUGGAUGGCCAGGAUCCCGGGGACCGGCCUGUUGGCACGCCGAGUUCGAGUUCGUGUUCACAUCCAUGCCGAGGACUCGCGCUCGAGAUGCGCUGGAUCCAUGGCCAUUGAUCUUGAUGCCAGGCCAGCCCACUCCAGCCUCUCCGAGUCGUGAUCCAUGGACCGGCUGCUUCUCCGGAUGCCAGCCCGCGCCCCCUAUCAUCACCCCGGCCGCCCAAUCAUCCCAACUCAAUCCCGUAAAUCAACCAUCCCCACCUCCAGGCCUUCCGACCUCUCGGCGCCCACGGCCGUAA